GAGUGUCACAGAUCAUCUUUCUUACAAGUGGCUGUCAGCACCAGGUUGUUGCUGCAGGCCCAAAGACUCUCUUGUGAGAUUUCUGAGGAGAGCCAGUGAAGGUCUAUCAUCUGCUGGCUCUGCUCUUCUCUGAGUCUUCACUCAGAAGAGCCAUGGGAACCUUUGAAGGACACCUGCUGCCAGGAGUAGGCUUCCUCAUGUUAGCUGUCUACUAUUCCUUGCUAACAUCUUUGGCCCUGCUCCGGAAACAGAAGGUGCUCAAGCACCCCUUGCUCCCGAAGAAGCUGCUAGGACACAGGCUGUUUUGGAAGGUAUCCUAUGAAGCACUGACAAAGGUGGUUGUCCUCUCUAUUUGUAUCAUUGAUGAAUACUUCUACCCCCCAGGAGUCAACCGUCUGAAGAUGAUAGACUGGGAGGACCCUCGGCGAGUGUUUAUUUUCAAGGACAACUGGGAGCAUGUAACCAUGUUUGGGUUCUUUUUGCUCAGUGGCAUAGUGGACAUUGUGAGCCAGGCACAUCUGACACGUUGGAGUGUGAAGCUGGAGCGUGCAGCUGAAGCCCUGGCUUUCUAUGUGAUGGUACUGCUGAUGAUAACCCAUAUUGAGAACAAAAGCGCCUUGGAAAUCCGAGUGCAUCUUCUGUUAGUCUUGCCUGCCUUCUUGCUUGCUCUGGUGCUCACUGUGGAGAUCUGGAUCCCUGACAAUGCCCCACUCUGGGUCCUCAAGAGCUGGAUGGCACUGGUGUUAAGCACUUGGAUGAUGCAGAUCUGUGAGAUGUAUAUACCUUUCACUGGACAGCCCUGGAGGGCAGACAGCCCUGUGGACCUGGCAUUUCUAACCAUCUUCUUCUGCUGGCACCUGGCCUUAGGGCUGGCCUUGUUCUUUACCAUCUAUGGCCUCUGCAGUCUCUGGCACUGUCACUAUUCUUCCUGGACAAAGCCUCUUGAGAUGAGGUACCAGCGGUGCUCUAUGGGAUCCAGUGGUGAAGAACUAGAAAAGCUCACUGCAGAACCUGUGCCACAGAAUGGAGGUGUGUAGGCACAGAAACUGUCUUGAGUGUGCAUGCACAGCCUGGAGCCCACAGCAUAGCUUUUCCACCCUGGAUCCAGCUUGCUUAUCCCCAAAUAUACCUGUAGCUCUGAGGAAAACUUCUUAGUUAUCACGGUUCCAUCCAGGUCAGUCCCUCACCUCUUUUCUUAUCUGUAGGGUUUCUGGUCAUUCAUCUGGAAAGAACAAAAUGGUGCUUUUCUGUAAUAGCUUUUGGUAAAAUUUCUUAGUAAAAAUAAAGGAAGGGAAAAAGAAAGGAACUUAAACUGAGUACGUCUACUUCUGACUUCUGGGAAAGUAGGGAGGAAGAAGGGGAGGCAGUUUACCAAGGGUUGAAGUCAAGAGAGCAAAGAUUCCUGAGUGGAAUUCUUGAAGAUGGUUGUAAUAAGGUGAUUACAAUGUAAUUUUAGGGAUGGUGACUUGCUCAGUGUGUAGAGGCACCAGCCACAAGCCUGAGGACACGAGGCCUAUCCCUGGGAAACACAGUGUCAAAGGAAAGACUUGACUUUGACAAUUUUGUGGCAAACAUACACUAAAAAUAACAUGAUAUCAAUAAUAUGUUUAAGCAAGUUUAAAGUGUGUGUGUAUAUUCCACAGGUAG